AUGCGUGCAUUUUCAGCCAUUGCUGCAUUAGCAACCGUCAUUCCUUCUGCUGUUGCAUACUACCAAGGGUUCAACGUUGGUGCUAACAACCCAGAUGGCUCGUGCAAGACCCAGGAACAGUGGACCACUGCCUUCAACAAACUGAAAGGCCUCCCACAGCAAAUCCAGUCUGUCCGCCUUUACGCUUCAAGCGACUGCAACACCCUCGCCAACGCCGUUCCCGCAGCCCUGAACACGGGAACUAAGAUCCUGGUCGGAGUUUGGACGGAGGACAGCGCUCACUACACCGCCGAGAAGAACGCACUUGAGACUGCCAUCAACCAACACGGCACUGGCUGGAUCCUUGCCGUCUCCGUGGGCUCGGAGGACUUGUAUCGCGGUGACACGACUGCCAGCGCAUUGGCUUCGCAGAUCUAUGAUGUUCGUGGCAUGGUCCACCAGUGGGCUCCAGCUGUUGAGGUUGGGCAUGUUGACACCUGGAAUGCAUGGGUCGACAGCGCGAACGACGAUGUAAUUCGAGCAUGCGACUUCGUGGGCUUCGAUGGGUACCCAUACUGGCAGGACGCAUCUAUCGAUAAUGCAUACGACGUCUUCUUCGAGUCUUACCAGAACACUCUUGACCACGUCAACUCUGUGAAGAGCGGGACUUGGGUUUGGAUCACUGAGACUGGGUGGCCUAUCACUGGCGAUACGCAAGGUGCGGCGGUGCCAUCAGUCCAAAACGCCCAAAAGUUCUGGCGUUCUGUGGCUUGCCAGCUCUUCCAGCAGGUACACGUCUUCUGGUACGCAUACCAAGAUUACAACGACAAACCAUCCUUUGGCGUAUUCGACAGCAAUGGCAAUGCCAUCUACGAUUUGUACGGGUGCUAA